AUGGGUUGGCCAUAUCAAUUCAUCGCCCUUGAUUCGGAUCAAAAACAGGCUAGGAGACAGUCGCUCGAUCUGUAUGCGGCGUACGCGCAACUUUCGGCGUUGAUUCCCAUCGUCGUUGUCUUACUCUUUCGGUUCGGAUCAUGGUUGACGAAAAAGUUCUCGUCUCAACGCGGAGCUUACUCGGCCGUUCCGGACUCGCCCGCAUUAAAGCAGAGACGCCGGACACUAGUCGGGCACUUUGCUAGCAUUAAAAGACGCGUCGUAUGGUGGCUCGGCGAUGAAGUCGUGUUUCUGGGAAUGAACUGGGGGCAGAGGGCUCAGAUCGUCGUUGGGAUUGUAUGGGCUGUGUGGCUUGUGUUCUUGUCUGUGAUUGGCACUGGGAAUGACUACCUUCAUCUGACGAAGCGAUUUGGCAUUGUCGCUCUGUCUCAACUCCCACUCCAAUAUCUGCUAGCGCUCAGGGUAAUAAACCCCGUCGCGCUUGCCUUCGGAUCAUCGCAUGAGCAGGUCAAUCGAUGGCAUCGUGUUUUGGGCUGGGUCGUCUACCUCCUACUUUUCGCGCACGCAUGUUUAUAUCUCAACUUCUACAUACAAGAGGGUAUCCUCGCUGAACGACUCGUCCGUCUUAUUCCGGCCCUUGGUGUUGCCGGUUUCAUUGGGAUGAGCUUGAUGAAUACCACAGCUCUCAAAACCAUUCGCCAAUAUUCCUAUCGCGUCUUCUUCCUCACGCACCUCACGGUCGCAUUGCUACUUCCGCCAGCCAUCUUUUUCCACUCUCACCAUGGAGGCCGCCAGUAUGUCGUGGAAGCACUCUUAUUUUUCCUCAUCGACAUUGCUAAGCGCAAGAUCGACACCGUCACAGCGCCAGCUGUUUUGGAGCUCAUUCCUGGUACGAGUCUCAUCAAGAUCGUGUUUAGCAUCCCAUCUCAAAAGAUCAGCCGCUUUCGCAAGUAUCCCGGAAUGCACGUGUAUUUAAGUAUUCCGCCUGGCAGUCGCCGUAGUGCUGGUAUUUCUGCGGCCACUUAUCUCUUGUUUGAGGCGACUUUCAACCCAUUUACCAUCGCAUCCGUCGACGAAGAGUCGGGAGAUCUCACCCUAGUAGCUAAGCGCCAGAAGGGCCCCAUGACUAAAGCCCUAGUCCGAUGCGCCGCAGAUUCGCUGGCUGCGACUAAGAUACCGCUUAGUUUGAUCGCUACUGAAAAUCCAGCAGCUAAGGUGCAGAUGGUCUGGGCUGUACGCGGAGCUGGCGAUGCGACUUGGAGCACCGCAGAGGGCAUCUUAGAUGACGACAACAUCCAGUUAUAUUUGACUGGAAAUAUUUUAGAGAAUACGAGCGAUGUCACCACCGGCUUGACUGAUGAUAACGAAGCGGUCGAACUAGAGGAUAGCAUGUAUGCGAACCGAGGCGAAAUUCGCAAGCGACCCAAUCUACGAAAGAUCGUCGACGACAUCUUUAGGCAAGGGGUAGAAGAUAGAGUUGCGGUGCUAGUGUGCGGUCCCGAAGAAAUGGCUCGCGAAUUGAGAUCGUAUGUCGGUACCUGGGUUCACAAGGGUCGGGAUGUCUGGUGGCAUAAUGAGAAUUUUGCAUGGUGA